AUGCUCUUCCAUUUCUUAUCGAUUAUUAGCCUCGUUCGUGGUGCGAAAGGAGGUGAAGAUGUGCCAAUUCCUCACUGUAAUAAACAGGUUACAGUGGGAAGAGACGUUCGUCAGCGACCGACUGUCGAUCCACAACUUUGUGCACGUAGGGACACACCUGCCUGCGAUGCAAUAUUUGAUAUAAAGGGAAGACCUGUUGAUGCAGACGGUAUUGCUGCAACAAUCCAAUCUCAUUCAAACCCGAACGUAGAUUAUGAAGAAUUUCAGGAAAUCAAAAUGAGACAAUUGCGCGACCAACUUGCCGAGACGAACAAAGAUGUUCUGAUUAUAGAUCCGUAUGCAGAAUAG